AAUGCGCGUCUCCUCUGCCUUUAUGCUCGCCCUCCCCCUCCUUGCGGCUGCCAGCGUCCUCCCCCGCACCGAUGGUCCUUCUAACCAGUGCAACACCGGGUCCCUCCAAUGCUGCAACUCCGUUCAAGAGGCGAACUCCAAGGGCCUCGCUGGAAUUCUCGGUCUUUUGGGUGUGGUCGUCGGUAGUAUCACGGGCCAAGUGGGCGUGACCUGCUCGCCCAUCAGCGUCAUCGGAAUCGGUGGCAACUCUUGCACCGCUCAGCCCGUCUGCUGCACCAACAACAGCUUGAAUGGUCUCAUCGCUCUGGGCUGCACUCCCAUCAACAUCAACCUCUG